AUAUGAAACAUAUGGAGAGCAGAGCUUUCUCACUUGUUUUUCAGCAGAAAUCAGAUUAUUUCUGUGUCAUAUGGGUCAUUGUAUAUUAUGUUCAGUCAUCUGUCUUAAUAUGAUCCAGCGUCAUAGCCAACAACUACUACAGCAGCAGCAGAAAGAAGUGGAGACACUGAAAAAGAAUCUGGAGAGCCAACAGGAGGAAUCAAACAUCCACAUCAAGAAGUCUGAAGACAUAGAAGGUGAAGUCCAGCAGCUCCAGGAUCAGAUUCAGAGGAUGGAGGCCGACCUGCAGAACCUGAUGGAGUCCAACAAGAGAGAGUUGGAAAGAAGCAGAGAAGCUCCAGCAGAGUCUUCCACCUCGUUGUGGCCGCUAGUUUCCAGACAAAAGUUCCAGGAUGAGCAGCAGAGGAGGCAGAAAGCUGAGAACCAAGUUCACAUCCUGGAGGAGAAACUUCAGACUAAGACCAGGGAGUUGGAGGGAAAACAGGCUGACAGUCAUAAAUAUCAGGAGGAAGUGGAAACCCUGAAGACUCAGUUAGAGUCCAAGAAUAAAGAGCUGGAGGACAAACGAGAUGCUAACACACAGUGGAAGAAGAGCCACGAUGAACUGAAGGAGACAAAGAGUCAACUGAAGAGAAAGGAGGAAGAGAUCAGCCGGCUGAAUAGACAACUGGAGAACAAACGAGAUGCUGACGCAGAGUGGAAGAAGAGCAACGAUGAACUGAAGGAGGCAAAGAGUCAACUGAAGAGAAAGGAGGAAGAGAUCAGCAUGCUGAAGAGAGAAAGGAGACCUGAGCUGCUGUUUGUCUUCAUCUCUCUCUCAGUUGGACAAGAAGCUCUGGAAUGA